AUGAAGCACGACGUUUGUCCGCAGGAUGGUGCACUAAGCGGAAGUGGAACUCUGCCGUGGGCGGGUAUGUCGUCUCCAGGAGAGGAGAGCUGGCCGUGCAUUUCACUCACUGACUGGCGCCGUCCGGGAGUGGCGGCAACCGCUGCCCCCAACCCCGUUGGAUCCUUCAACUUCUUCGAAUACACAAUCCUUCAGCCGUCGUCGUACACGUGA